UUUAAGCAUAAUAGUUCACUUAAUUAAUUAAGAGAAAUAUAUAAUAUCAAAAUAUCUACACAAAUAUACUAGUUAGUAGUUUCAACUUUAUAAUUAAUUAUUCACACUUUUGUGUCAUGAUGAAGGAGAAUUUAUGCAAUGUAGUACAAGGUUUGAAGCCAACGUUGUUAAUGGUUAUGGUGCAAAUAGCAUUUGCUGGUGUUAAUAUUCUCUACAAACUUGCUGUUAAUGAUGGCAUGAAUUUAAGGAUUGUUGUUGCUUACCGUUUUAUAUUUGCAACUGCUUUCAUUGCUCCACUUGCUUUCUUUCUUGAAAGGAAGAAGAGGACAAAGAUGACUUGGAUGGUAAUGUUCCAGUCUUUUCUCUGUGGUUUGUUUGGAGGAUCAUUAUGUCAAAACUUCUACUUAGAAGCCCUGUCUUUAACCUCAGCAACAUUUGCAACCGCAAUGGCCAACCUUAUACCAGCAUUAACCUUUAUCAUGGCCGUUUCCUUGAGGAUGGAGAAAUUAAAUUUGAGAACAAAAGCAGGGAAGGCAAAGAUAAUAGGUACAAUGAGUGGAAUUUGUGGGGCAAUGGUAUUGACAUUUGUUAAAGGUAUUGAAAUCAAGAUAGGUUCAUUUCACUUAAACCUUUUGCAUCACCAAAACGGUGUCGGAUUGCACCCACAUGCUACUACUAUAUCCAAAGGUAAUACACUUUUGGGCUCUCUGUGUGCCUUGGCUAGUUCCAUCUCUUAUUCAUCCUGGCUUAUUAUUAAUGCAAAGAUGAGUGAAAAGUAUCCAACUCAUUACUCAAGCACAGCAUUGAUGACAUUUUGGUCAUCACUAAUUUCCAUUGUGUUUGCUCUAUGCUUUGAAAGGGAUUUUAGUGCAUGGAGGUUAGGUUGGAAUAUUAGGCUACUAACUGUUGCUUAUGCGGGUAUAGUGGUUUCAGGAGCAAUGAUAGUUGUAACUUCAUGGGUUGUACACUUGAGAGGUCCAUUGUUUGCCUCUGUUUUUAACCCUCUCAUGCUUGUCAUUGUGGCCUUUGCUAGUUGUACCAUGUUGAAUGAGAAGCUAUAUCUUGGAACCAUUAUUGGAGCAGUUUUGAUUGUAUGUGGCUUGUAUACGGUUGUAUGGGGUAAGAGUAAAGAGAAGAAGAAAAAUAAUCAAUUAGUGCCAUCACAAAGCUCCAAUGAAUUUAACACAGUUGAAGUAGUUGUGAGGCAUGUAGUAGAGGAUAAAAGCAACCAUAAUAAUAGCAAUGAUGAAACUCAAGGUAAUAAUACUUUACAAGUACAUGAACAUGAACAUAAACAUGAAGAGCAAAAUCAUGAACAUGUACAAGAUCAAGAAAAAGGAGACGAAAUUGACCAUCAUGACUAAGAUAUGUCAAAUUAUUAUGUAUCAAACUCCAACACAUGGGCCCAAAAAUGAAAUUUUGUUAUCCAUCCAGACCGGCCCAAAAUGCUACCAGUGGGGACUAUUUUAUUUCUCCAACUUUGAAAGACACCAGAGCAACACUUCAAAGUUCAAAGAAUAUAACUUAGUAAACCAAAAAAGGAAUAGAACUCAGAAUAUAGUGUUUAAUUGGGUGGAGUCUCUAAGAUGUACUUGAUUAUGUUGGAUGUACUUAGAAUAUAUAGUGAAAUUUGCAAUGUUACGGAGGAAAGUAUAUUUCAUGGUUGUUAAGGAUGUACUUUGAUUAUAUAGUAUGCUAAAUUGCAGUUUUAGUCUUCCAUGUUUCUUAAUUGUGCGAUUUUGGUCCCUUAGUUUCAAAUUAGCAAUUUUAGUCC